GUUGUGUUGGCUGCUGCUGCGUCACCACUAAUACCAACAGGAAGGAAUCGUGCAGUAUUUAUGUGUAACUGCUGGGCUCGAAAGUUUCAUACAACUCUCUUGCUCCUCUUCAUUCACUCGACUCUGUCGGCUUCAAUCCAGUGUCUUUUCCAAUGUCGGGCUUCUGUGCAACUCAUUCUUGAACCCUGCUUAUCGGGGUGUGGGGUGUGUGGGGGUAACCAGAUGGCCCUCAGUGUGUAGUUUAGAGGAGACGUGUUUGUGGAAAGGAGAGGUAAGGUGUAGACAAGCUAUGGGAUGCUGCAGUGUGACCCAGAGGCAUACAGGGACUGAUGAAGUGGGCCCAGAAGAGAUCGAACUCCUGGAAAUCGACAAUGCAGGAAUUUGGAGUCUUGCUGAAAGCAGGCUCCAAUUUUAUACAAGGAAUGGCACAGAAGAAGGUCCUCAUCGCUGUCCUUCUGUGAAGCACCCAAAGCAGGAGGACCCAGAUCCUGUCUCUGUUACUGUGAAGGACACAACAAAACACAACAACUCACAACUGGUGCUUUGGAGCUUGAAGAAAAAGGAGCUCCAUCAUAGGCUAUACACUCAGCCUAUCAGAGAAUGGGAAGGACAGGCACCACACACCUACGGAGACAUUAUCCAUUCAUCUUCAGUGUAUUUACACACUGGAGACACAAAGACUAUGAAUGAAAGAUAUCUGGUUUUAUUUUCCUUCCAUUUGUUAAUCCUCGAUUUGGACAGCUCUAAUAAAGAUUUUAUUUAUGAGGGCAUUCUUCCUCUCUCAGCCAUUCAGGUGCAUCUGAUCUCACAGCAGGACACCAGUUCUCCACAUAUGUUUGAGAUUAGCGGGCCUAUGGUGGACUCAAAGAUCUUCGUUUGUGCUACUGCUGCUGAAACAAAAGCCUGGAUGGAGAACAUCGAGGACAGGAGAUGCAAAUCCCUAAAGCAACAGCUGAGCCCAUCACAUAGUGCUCUCUCAUACCUGGUGCCAUGUAAUGAAAACUGGAAGAGGGAGGAGCUUAAAAGGUACUUACUGCGGUCUCCCAUCUUGCAAUGGGAGGGGACGCCCAUUCAGCACAUGGGCUAUCCCAGAUACCUUUCACUGGUGCACAUCAGCAACGUAUAUACACAGGACCGGCGUUUGCACGGGCCUCAGGAUCGUUUGCUUGUGCUCUUCCCAUGUGACCUCCUCAUUCUGUCUCUGGACUGUCAUCGUGUACGUGUGAAAUAUGAAGGCCGUCUGCCACUGAAGAGUAUUAAAGCAAUGGAAAGAUCUGCAUUACCUGGCAGAUUGGAGUUUGAACUCACAGGUGAACUGAUGGAGCCUCUGCUUGUCUCCUGUACUUACCCUGAGGACUAUCAAAGCUGGAUCUUCCAGUUACAACAGCCUGAUAAAGUGGGAGAUUCAUUGCCACAUCACACCCCUCCACCUCUGAUACCGAAGAAGCGCAGAAGCUGAGGAUACGGAUGGAAAUUAAAAUGGCUGUGAACUAUUGUGCCCAAUGAAAGCUGCUGAUGACGAAUGAACAUUUUACUGUUGCAUUUUACUCCUAAGAAACAAAUCUCUUCACUGCUUGUGAAGAAGUAUCUUCAAUAGCUAGGAAACUUUAAAACAGGUUUAGACAGUAAUAAAGUCUGCUAAAAAUCUGUUUUGAAGUGGGGAGUAUAAAUGUAAAAAAUGAAUAUAAAUGUUUAAAAGUGAUGUUAUAAAUGGUUUUAAUUAGUAAUUAAUUCCAGGGUCUCAUAUCUCUGAGCUGUCUUCUUUUUUUCUUCAAAGACAUCAAACAAUCUUUGAAUGAUUCAUGAGUAAUUGGUAAUGACUUAGUUUUAGACAAUUGGACAGAACAGAUAGAGAGGGUAACUAAUCCUUUAAUUCACUAGUUUCUCAUGCUCUCUGUCACCCCUUUUCUUUAUUUAGCCUAUGGGUUUGCCUCUUAUUUUCAGGACAGUAGAAGGCAGGCAUUUAACAAAGUUCACAUGAAUGGCUACUUUAAAAUGUUGAUCCUGACAAUAGGCUAUGUAUGAAUUCGCCCCAUACACAUAAUAUCGUGCACAAUUUAUGGAAACAGAGAUUUUUAUUGGUAUUGGAAACGAUAACGCUCACAAUCUAGAGCACUGUAGGGUAUUAAACCCCAUAAUGCACCGCAAGAACGAGUAUGUUCUCUUCACUUAGUGUGAGAUCACGCCUAAUAAAUUCCCGCGUCUUUCCAGGAGAUGGCGUCCGUCCAUCACAGCGAAAUCAUACAGGU